AUGACCGACACACAUGCCGAGCCCAAGGCCACAGACAGCCUAUCUCCUGUCUUGCGUGAUUUUCCUCCCCCGCCCGAUGGGGGUCUAAAGGCGUGGACACAGGCCGUGAUGGGUCACCUGGUGGCGUUCAACACCUGGGGAUACAUUGCCAGCUUUGGCGUGUUCCAAGCCUACUACGAAUCCGAGCUAGGCGUCUCUCCGUCGGCCAUCUCAUGGGUGGGAUCUGUGCAAGUCUUUCUCAUUUUUUUUGUCGGCACCUUCUCCGGUCGUGCCCUGGACGCUGGCUUCUUUCGUCAAGUUUACUAUGCCGGGGUGGUCCUCCAGCUGCUGGGGGUGUUCAUGACAUCGCUAGCCACGCGCUACUGGCAGCUUUUUCUCGCACAAGGGGUCUGCACGGGUAUUGGCAGUGGCCUGCAAUUCUGCCCGGUAAUGGGACUAGUGGCUACCUAUUUCUCCGAGCGAAGAGUGUUCGCAUUGGCGUUUGGGCUAGUCGGAAGCGGAACCGGGGGCAUGCUCUUCCCCGGCUUGGUGAAGGCCCUCAUGCCGAGUAUCGGAUUCGGCUGGACUAUGCGGGUGGUGGGCUUCGUGAUGAUUGGCACCAGCAUCCCAGCCACGCUUCUGCUCCAACCGCGACUGCCCCCGCGCAGGUCGGGCCCAUUGAUCGACUGGGUGGCCUUCAAGGAGCCCACUUAUGUGAUUUUCUGUCUGGGCAUGUUUCUGAACUUCUGGGGGCUCUAUUUUGCUUUCUACUACGUGGGCGCCUUUGGCCGCAGUGUCCUUGGCUUGACCUACUCAGACUCGACCACCCUGAUCAUCGUGACCAACGGAGCGGGAAUCGUUGGCCGACUCAUCCCCGCCUAUCUGGCAGACCGCUAUUUUGGCCCUCUUAACACCAUCAUCCCUCUGACUCUGGGGGCUAGCCUGAUGAUGUUCUGCUGGGCAGCGGUGCAUUCGACCGCAGGCCUGUACGUUUUCGCCGUGCUGUAUGGCAUGUUUUCUAAUGGCGUACAAGGCCUCUGGCCAUCCACUCUCUCCAGUCUAACACCAGACCUAAGCAAAACUGGGACUCGCAUUGGUAUGGGUUUCACCAUCGUGAGUUUCGCCUGCUUGACUGGCCCCCCUCUUGGCGGCGCUCUAAUUGCGAGGGCCCAGGGUUACAUUGGGGCCCAGGUUUGGGGUGGAUUGACCUUCUUUCUCGGUGCUGUGGUCCUUAUGAGCGCUCGCUUACUGAAUACUGGAGCGACUAUGAAGGCGAAGAUCUGA